UCUCAUAUCACCAUUUCUCUGUCUGCACGGUGCGAAGAUGUCUCUCCUCUUACGCGUCUUCUGUCAUGUGUUCUGCUGGGUCACCCUUUGCCAGGUCCUACAAGUGGCUGCUGCAGGACUGGUUGCCACGGUUACAUUCUGGACCGCCAAGUUAUUGCUUCAACAUGCUUGGUUUACUUAUCGACUGUCCUGUUUCAGUAAGCCUCAUGCGGGUUCUUGGCUGAUAGGUCACUUAGGUCAGAUGCAAAGUACAGAGGAAGGUCUCCUGCAAGUGGAUGAGUUAGUGCAGACAUAUAAACAUUCCUGCAGCUGGUUCCUCGGGCCCUUCUAUCAUCUGGUUAGACUAUUUCACCCGGACUAUGUCAAACCUCUGCUAAUGGCACCUGCCAGUAUCACUGUCAAAGAUGAGCUCAUUUAUGGGCAUCUCCGUCCAUGGCUCGGGGAAAGUCUAUUACUCAGCAAUGGGAAGGUCUGGUCCCGCAGGAGGCGUCUUCUGACCCCCGCCUUUCAUUUCGACAUAUUGAAGAACUACAUUUCAAGAUUUAACACUUCGGCAGACACCAUGCACGAUAAAUGGCGACGCCUGGCGGCAGAAGGCAGCACUACUGUCGAGAUAUUUGACCACGUGACUCUGAUGACGUUGGACAGUUUACUGAAAUGUGCCUUCAGUUACAGUAGCAACUGUCAAGAGUCAAGCAGUGAGUACGUGUCAGCCAUAGUGGAGCUGAGCGAUCAAAUAAUAGCGCGCCGCCAAAAUAUCCUGCACCACUGGGAUUGGAUUUAUUGGAGGACACAAGAGGGGAAACGUUUUAAGAGGGCUUUAAACAUCGUGCACAGUUUUACAAGAAAAGUGGUUCAGAAGCGCCGCGCCCUCCUCAAGCAGCCCUUGUCUGGUUCCACCUCAACAUCUCAGAGGAAAAAGGAUUUUGUGGACAUCAUACUGCUGUCCAAGGAUGAAGACGGACAUGGCUUAACAGAUGAGGAAAUGGAAGCCGAGGCCAACACCUUCAUGUUUGCGGGUCAUGACACCACAGCCAGUGCCAUUUGCUGGACACUUUACAAUUUAGCACGCCACACGCACUGUCAAGAGAAAUGCAGGAAGGAGGUGCUGGAGCUUAUGCAGGAGCGUGAAGGACGGGGAAUGGAGUGGGACGAUCUGUCCAACCUUCCUUUCACCACCAUGUGCAUCCGGGAGGCGCUGAGGUUACACUCGCCGGUUCAGGCCGUAACCAGGAGGUACACCCAGGACAUGCCAUUGCCAGGGAACCGGACAGUACCAAAGGGUGCCAUCUGUUUAGUCAGCAUUUAUGGGACACACCAUAAUCCUGCAGUAUGGACGAAUCCACAUGAGUUCGAUCCUCAGCGUUUUGAACCAAUCAACCAAGAGGGCCGCUCUUCCCACGCUUUUAUUCCAUUUUCCUCAGGCCCCAGAAACUGCAUCGGUCAGAAAUUUGCGCUCGCGGAGCUUCGUGUUGUUGUGUCACUGACGCUGCUCAGGUUCCGUUUGACGCUGGGGGUGAACCCCAACCUUGGAUCCAGUGAGGUUCGCCGUCUACCCCAGCUGGUGCUGAGAGCAGAGGGUGGCCUCUGGCUGCAGCUGGAACCUCUGACACCAGCCAAUAUGGAGACAUGAUGCUGUUUUGUUGCCUUCCUUACCCAAAUGGUUGGCACUGUCAGUAAUGCAAAAUGCAAAUCAAUUGUUUAAACAAUAAAACAGGUGGGAAACGAGAAAAAGACCACUACAAAAUGUU